AAGGAGGCAUUGGUCGAACUGGCCUGUGGUGCUGAAAAGCUUGUGUAGUUUUUAUGCGGUUUUAUUUGUAAAUAAAACUCAUAUGGGCGUGAUUACAGCUGGCACAAGGCAAUAGAAAGCUAGGUGAGCGAAAGGGAAGUCGACACGACUGUUUGUGCCGGACUUUGAAGGCCUCCGAAAGCUCCGGCCCACUUGGAAAAAAAUAAAAGCGAGGGAGAGCCAUCAGUGGAGACUUGCAAGAUGAAGAUCCCGAAGGUGAUGCGGACGACUGUUCUGGGUUUCGCUAAAAGAUGCCUGAGGGGACCAGUGAGUUUACAGACACAACUUGUGAGGGCGAUGUCAACGGAGUCCAGCGAUGUGUUGUUGGAGAAGGUUGGCAACAAAGGUGUCAUCACCUUGAACAGGCCAAAGGCUCUCAACGCCCUCUCUCUCGACAUGAUUCGCCAGAUUUAUCCAGUUCUUAAGAAAUGGGACACAGAUCCCGAAAUGAAGAUGGUAAUCAUCAAAGCAGCAUCCGGGUCCAAGGCCUUCUGCGCAGGCGGCGAUGUCAAGGCCAUAGCCUUGACGCAGGGCAAGGAGUCCGAACUCCGUGACGCCUUCUUCCGGGAAGAGUACCGACUGAACAACCUUAUUGCUAGUCUGACGAUCCCCUAUGUUGCUCUUUUGGAUGGUGUCACUAUGGGCGGGGGUGUGGGACUCUCAGUUCAUGGCACUUUUCGUGUAGCCACAGAGAGGACAGUGUUCGCCAUGCCAGAGACGGCAAUUGGUUUUUUCCCGGAUGUUGGAGGCAGCUAUGUGUUGCCACGGCUACCGGGAAAGCUGGGCCUCUACCUGGGCUUGACUGGACAGCGAAUGACCGGCUGGGACGUCCUCAAGGGCCGCAUCGCCACACACUUUUCCUCGUCCCAGAGGAUGGAGCACAUCGAAGGUGACCUGAUGCGACUGAACACACCAAAUAUCUCGGACAUUGACAAGAUUCUCGUCAAACAUCAGGACCAGUGUGAAGCUGACUUCCGGAAGGAGUUCAUCCUCAAGAAGUACAUGGGCCGCAUCAAUGCCGCCUUUGAUGCCCCGAGUGUGGAGCAUAUCAUCGAGAACCUCAAAAAGGACAACUCGGACUGGGCCAAGGAGCAGCUCACCACUCUCAGCAAAAUGUCACCGCUUUCCCUCAAGAUCACCUUCAAAGAGCUUGAAGAAGGCAUUCGGCUGACUCUACAAGACGCCCUCAAGAUGGAGUUCCGUCUCUCCCAGCGCUUCAUGCAGGACUCCGACUUCUACGAGGGAGUCAGAUCAGUGCUAAUCGACCGCACGGGCACUCCCAAAUGGAGUCCAGCAAGCUUGGAAGAAGUCACGGACGAGAAAGUCAACUCCUACUUCGAGCCACUGCCGAGUGACAAGGAGCUCAGGCUCUGAGCAGCUGCGGAUGAAGCGGGCAGCGUCUUCCCUGUUGCCUUUAACCACUCUUUUUUUUUUUUCAUUUUCUUUUUUUUACUCCUCCAACUCGGCUCCUCCGUUCCGUUCUUCGUGCCUGCUGUCGAUCAACCUUGGUCAGGGUUGCUGGUUCGGACCUAGCGCGCAAGUGAGGCUGAAGAACUAACGAGCUUGAGCGUCUGGGCAAGAGCUAUGAUCUGCUGCUAGGAAAGCCGGUGGUGUUCAUCAUGGUAAAACAGAAUGACAGACGACAGACCGACAGCCUACGUAGGGUGAGCUCUGUCUCGUGUAGUCCAGUGCUCUUCAUCUGUCGUGCUGUUUAACAGCAGUGGAGUCAAACACAUCCACCUCUAAGGCCAGUGAUGGUCUCCUAGGAGCCAGCAUUCUUUUGAGAUCUUGUUCGGUGGAGUGCUAGCCCUGACUUCUAUGCUUCUCUUGCUUUUCUAUCAACAGCUGAAGAAGUUUUAUUUGCUUUUGCAUGGUGAAAAAGCAGUUCAAUUGUGCAGUGUCGCAAACAUCGUUCUAAACAAAAAUGUCUCGGGUGGGGUAACCAGACGACUGUCCCACUUCAGUCAAAUUACUUUCAUGCUCUGUUUGCUAAGAGCCAUGCAUACGUGUUGAAUUUGAAUGGGCUGAAGUGACUGUACGUGAUUUUAACGUGAAUGCAGAGGGUUGGUUUGUGUUGUUGAGCUAGCAUGCCUUGAAGUUCUGUACUCUGCCCGAGCAGCGAUCCUGUAAAUCUAUGAUAGUGUUACUUGGACAAACCGUAGUUCCGGCCAGUGCUUUAAGUUAGACACAAUUUUCAUGCUGUCGAUUUGGGUUUGUGCGGGAACAUUAUGGCCCCCAAGCACAGCUGUGACAAGCACUUGAAAGAACUUGCUGCUGUCAGUAACCUACUUUUUUAGUGAAACAGUUUAUUAAAACUGUAGGUAAGUGCCAGAAAUGUUUACUUUUCCUUUGUACACAUUCAUAGGCUUUUGAGAGCAAACUUUUGUUUACGGUGUUAUGCCUCGCAUACACAUUCAUCAAAAGCACAGCAGCGCCCCUGAAUCUUGCACAUGCAGCUAGUCAGCUUCUUCAGAAUCUCUUUUGAUUCUCACAGACCUGCACCCCAACAAACCUGAGCAGAUUGUCACACUACUGCCCCCUGCAGAAGACAAUCCAGUGCAAAUUUUAGUGUGGACUUACCCUUGCACUCAGAGCUUAAUGUCACACAUUUAAGUUAGCUGUUUAUCUUACAGCUUAGUCAAAGUGCAUGCCGUGAAAAACUACACUUGCCAACUUUGUUUUUAUUGGGAGUGUAACAGAGCUGUCUUCAUGCUUGCUUCAACUAAAGUACACAGAUCGAGGCCCAUAUUCCCAAAAAUUAUCUUACAGAAGAGCCUUUCCUUAGUGACGGGCAUUCGUGUACGUAACGCUCAUAAUAGCAGUCGGUGUGCCAACAAGUUCACUGUAGCGGUGACCAAUAACCUGGAACUCUUACGUAUGAAAAGUUUUUUCGAAUGUGGGUCCAGUCACUUUCGUUUCACAAAGAAGAGUUUUCAUAUUAUAAUUAUUAGAGGGCACUGUAAUUACUCCGACACCAUAAGAAUUGUGGGUUUCUCUACGAUUUGGCAAGGAUUUAUUGAGAAAGCAUAUUGCAGUUUCUUUGUGGUUAUUUGCCGUUCAACUGCAUUGCACCCCACAAUGACUUUGUUGUGUAAUUUCCAGGAUAUAAGCGGAUCACAAUGAGUUUAUAUGCUGCUAAAGCUGGACAGUGUUGCCAUUGGCAAGUAACACCCACAGCGCCUAAUUGUUUUUGUGAACCUAAACAAAUCAUUUUUGUUCGCGAUGUUCUGGAAACCAUCAAAUGACAGAACUUAGAGGGUAUAUGAGACCAUUUUUUGCUGCACAAUAAAUUUGCCAUGAAAAAAAAAAAGAGCCUCAGAAACAUUAUAAGAAUCCACCGAGUCAUUUGAAUACAAAAGGACGAAUUUCAGGCACAUUGAUCUCUGCAUAUCAUUCCCAUCCUGGAAAAACAUAUGUGCAUGUGCCAUAUGCAGACACUAGCGCCACAUUUCUCUGUUCUUAGCACGAAACUCUUAUGGGUGCAAGUAUAUAGCUGCAUCAGACUUCUUAGAUUGGCUGUAAUGGUUACAGGGCAGCAGAAGGAGGCCUUCAUUCUAUACAUUAAAUGAAAAUUUUGCGAUGCUGAGCAAUUGCAAAGAUGCUUGAUAUCUCAUGAGGAAGUCGGCACACACAUGUAAAAGGGGUGGAGAAGGUGUGAACGCAGCGCUCAAGCGACAAACUCCAUUUGCCAAAACCAGUCUGCCCGGGAAUGCCAACUCAUCUUUCAAUGUUGUGCUUUCUAUGGCAGCGUGGUUUUUGCAGCACAGAGAUUUGAGUGAGAUUGUCAUCAAACUUCGUAUUGCUUUGUAUCUCUCUCUCUCUUUUUUUUUUUUGGCACUAGGUUUCUAGUGCCCAGUGUUGUUCGAACGGCAGUUUGUUGUUUUUGUUUUAACAGGCCCUUGUUCUUCACUUGCGUGGGUUGUUUAUUAGACCACCCAGUUUUGUGACACACACUAGAGGAAAGUUGCAGUGAGCGUUGUAGGGUGUGAACAAGCCAAGUGAGCGAGGGAAGCAUGUGGACGACAGUGUGUCUAUGAAUGCACUGUUACCCCUUCACACAGUAGGGGCUUUUCGAAGAGAGAAGCAAAGUUUCAAAUUAAAGCUUGAAAGUGCACUUAAGCAGCCA